CAGCUGCACAUUGUAUCCAACUCCGGGAGUAAUAGUAUGAGUAGUGCUUUACAGUGUUUAGACAACGUUUACAGUGCGCGCAUUUGGAAACCAGUGCCUCGACUGUUUCUGCGUUCACGUCACUCACACACUGAGCCCGCAAGCGCCGAGUGGCGAGGUGGAGAAGAGUCGAACAAACUGCAAACUUAGCCACUGAAGUCCUCAAACUCACAGAGUGAGGAGGCGCCACGCGCAAACAAUUCACCCGCUGUGACUGUUUCAAGGAAGGAUACGCCGCUGGACAUGUGAAUUUAAAGGAGAUAAAAUGCCAAGCACAACCAUGAAACCAACGACUGUCCUGUGUUGCUUCGGCUUUCUCCUGACUUGCGUCCUGUUUGGGGCGAGCUCCUCUCAGUCAGGGAAGCGACAAACAGAUGCAUCUCACAGCAAACAAAAAGUAUGUGCUGGUACAGAGAACAAACUGAGCACACUGUCGGACCUGGAGCAGCAAUAUCGCACCCUGAGGAAAUACUAUGAGAACUGUGAAGUCGUCAUGGGCAACCUUGAGAUCACGAGCAUCGACCGCAGUCGGGACCUCACCUUUCUCAGGUCCAUCCGAGAAGUGACAGGCUAUGUGUUGGUGGCCCUCAACCAGUUUGACUACCUGCCUUUAGAGAACUUGAGAAUCAUACGGGGAACCAAGCUGUACGAGGAUCGGUACUCCCUUGCGGUCUUCCUCAACUACAGGCGCGAUGGGAACUUUGGCCUGCGCCAACUUGGUUUGAGAAACCUCACAGAGAUCCUGAGUGGAGGCGUUUAUGUCGACCAGAACAAGUUCCUCUGUCAUGCGGACACAAUCCACUGGCAAGACAUUGUCAAAAACCCACGGGCCCAUCCUGUGGUGGUGCCCACAAACAGCAGCGUCACAUGUCAAAAGUGCCAUCGUUCCUGUAAUGGCCGUUGCUGGGGACCGAAGGAGGACCAGUGUCAAAGCUUAACUAAGACGGUGUGUGCGGAGCAGUGCGAUGGCCGUUGCUUUGGUCCCUAUGUAAGUGACUGCUGCCAUCGUGAGUGUGCAGGUGGCUGCCAUGGACCGAAGGACACAGACUGCUUUGCUUGCAUCAACUUCAAUGACAGUGGUGCAUGUGUGACUCAGUGCCCCCAGCCAUUCGUCUACAACCCCACCACCUUCCAGCUGGAACAUAACCCCAGGGCAAAGUACACCUAUGGAGCCUUCUGUGUCAAGAAGUGUCCACACAACUUUGUGGUGGACCACAGUUCCUGCGUAAGAGCGUGCCCCAGUAACAAGAUGGAGGUUGAGGAAAAUCGUAUUAAGAUGUGCAUUCCUUGUACUGACAUUUGCCCGAAAGCAUGUGAUGGCAUUGGUACAGCGAGCCUCCAGGCUGCUCAGACAGUGGACUCCAACAACAUUGACAAGUUUGUCAAUUGCACCAAAAUCAAUGGCAACCUGGUGUUCCUUAUUACUGGAAUCAAAGGGGAUGUUUAUCACAAUAUUGAAGCACUGGACCCAGAAAAGCUGAACAUAUUCCGCACCGUUCGGGAGAUCACAGGCUUUUUGAACAUCCAGUCUUGGCCUGACAACAUGACAGACCUGAGUGUUUUCUCCAACCUGGCAACUAUCGGGGGAAGAGCACUGUACAGUGGGAUUUCCCUGCUGGUGUUAAAGCAGCAGGGCAUCUCAUCACUGCAGCUUCAGUCUCUGAGAGAGAUCAGCGCCGGGAAUGUCCACAUUGCCGAGAACAGCCAGCUUUGCUACUACAACACCGUCAACUGGACGAGACUCUUCCGUGCUGCAAACCAGAAGGUGUUGGUUCGCAACAACAGAAGCCCAGUCGAGUGCUCCAGGGAGCACAUGGUGUGUAACCCACUGUGUUCAGACGCAGGAUGUUGGGGUCCUGGCCCAGACCAAUGCCUCUCCUGCAGAUACUUCAGCCGUGGACGAACCUGUGUGGAUACUUGCUAUCUUUAUGAAGGAGAUAUUAGAGAGUAUGCCAAUGGCUCUGUGUGUGUGGAGUGUGACGCCCAGUGUGAGCGAACCGACGAUGACUCUUUGACCUGCGACGGUCCGGGCCCAGAACAUUGUGUGAAAUGCGUUCAUUUCAAGGACGGUCCCAACUGUGUGGAAAAGUGUCCUGAUGGCCUCCAAGGUGCCAACAGCUUCAUCUUCAAGUAUGCCGAAACCAACAAUGAAUGCCAUCCCUGCCACUCCAACUGCACGCAGGGGUGCAUUGGACCAAGACUACAGGACUGUAUUGGCUGGAUGGACAGAACCCCUCUGAUCGCAGCAGGGGUGAUCGGUGGCCUCUUCAUGGUGGUGAUUAUGGCACUGAGCGUAGCAGUGUCUCUGCGCCGGAAGAACAUAAAGAAGAAGAGAGCCCUCCGUCGCUUUCUGGAAACAGAGCUGGUGGAACCUUUAACACCCAGUGGAACAGCACCCAACCAAGCUCAGCUUCGUAUCCUGAAAGAGACAGAACUCAAAAGGGUCAAGAUCCUCGGCUCUGGCGCAUUUGGGACUGUUUACAAGGGUAUCUGGGUCCCAGAGGGUGAAACAGUGAAGAUUCCUGUAGCCAUUAAAAUUCUAAAUGAAGCUACUGGACCCAAGGCUAACGUAGAGUUCAUGGACGAGGCCCUGAUUAUGGCUAGCAUGGAGCACCCCCACCUGGUCCGCCUGCUGGGUGUCUGCCUGAGUCCCACCAUCCAGCUGGUCACACAACUGAUGCCUCAUGGGUGCCUGCUCGACUAUGUCCACGAGCACAAGGACAAUAUUGGAUCCCAGCUGUUGCUCAACUGGUGUGUCCAGAUCGCCAAGGGGAUGAUGUACCUGGAGGAGCGUCGGUUGGUCCACAGAGAUCUAGCAGCACGAAACGUCCUGGUCAAAUCCCCCAACCACAUUAAGAUCACCGACUUUGGCUUGGCUCGCCUGCUGGACGUGAAUGAGAAGGAAUAUAACGCUGAUGGAGGAAAGAUGCCCAUCAAGUGGAUGGCCUUGGAGUGUAUCCAUUACAGGAAGUUUACUCACCAGAGUGAUGUUUGGAGUUAUGGAGUAACCAUCUGGGAGCUGAUGACCUUUGGCGGGAAGCCAUAUGAUGGGAUUUCCACCAGAGAGAUCCCAGACCUGCUAGAGAAAGGAGAACGUCUUCCGCAGCCGCCAAUCUGUACCAUCGAUGUCUACAUGGUCAUGGUCAAAUGCUGGAUGAUUGAUGCAGACAGCCGGCCUAAAUUCAAGGAGCUGGCUGCGGAGUUCACUCGAAUGGCGCGUGAUCCCCAGAGAUACCUCGUCAUCCAGGGUGAUGACCGCAUGAAGCUGCCCAGCCCCAACGACAGCAAGUUCUUUCAAAGCCUCCUGGAUGAGGAGGAGCUGGAGGAUCUGAUGGAUGUUGACGAGUACCUGGUGCCCCACUCCUUCAACAUUCCACCACUGGCAUACACGUCCCGCCCAUGCAUGGACUCCAACAAGAACCAAUUUAGCUACCAGGACCCCAGUUUCAGCAUGGAGGACAUGCUGGCCACCCUCCCCAGAGUGGUCUCUGUUCCACCUGUAUCUGGGAGUUCCCUCCCUCCACAGGACCUGGCCUCGGGGGGACAACUUGGUGGUGGAUUUGUUCGUGGCAACCAAGACGACCCUCGCUGCAAUGGCACCCUGAGGAAGCAGGCCUCCCCAAGGUCAAGCACCCUUGGGACAUGUUCAGCUCUCACUGCAAGUCAAGGUGGAGGGGACGACAGUAGUGGACAGCGAUACAGUGCCGAUCCAACUGGUCUUUUAGCAGAGCGGACAAAAGUGGACAAGGACCAGGAGGGCUUAAUGGCUGCCAUGAGAGACAAGAACAACUCAGACUACAUCAACCCUGUAGAGGAAAACCCAUUUGUCACACGUCGGCGGAAUGGUGAUGCCCAUACAGUGAUUGAUGGAGCAGGUUGCCACACCCUGCACAUGACCGGAGCAACCGCGGCUCCCAAGAUCCAGUCCACCCACAGGGACGAUGAGUAUGUCAAUGAACCGCUCUACCUGAAUUCUCUCCUUAACCCUGGGGACAAAAAUGGAUUGGCUGGUACAGUCUCCAUCUCUGGCCCCGGGUCCACUGCCGCGCAGACAGUAUCGCAGACAGUCAACCCAUCAACAUCGAGCCACACCGUCUCAUCCACUGGAUAUGGGCUACCUCCUGGCCACCUCCCCCAUCCCUCUUAUCCAUCACACACCCUGCAUCCAGGGCAUUCGGGACAUGCUCUGCACUCGGGCGUCACCAGCAACACCAUCAUGUAUGAUAAGAAAGGCAAAAAAGCCACGUUUGACAAUCCUGAAUACUGGCAGCACAGUCUCCCCCCAAAGUCCACGCUGCACAACCCUGAGUAUCUGCAGGACUGCAGCACACGCUUCUUCUACCGACAGAAUGGACGCAUUCGCCCCGCUGUGGCUGAAAACCAGGAAUAUUUGUCUGAGGCUGCUAUGAAAGCCGGCAAUGUUUUGCCACCCCCGCCAUACAGACAGAGGAACACUGUAGUGUAGUGACCCACCUGUCGUACAACUGAGGGGGGACUAGAGUGUUGAGAUAAUUGGAACAUGAACAGUCAUUAAGUUUCCUUGCUUCACUUGUCUGCCUGGGCUUUUCUCACACCGUCCCUGAGCCCUUUCUCUCCGUUGUAUCUGAUUGCAAGUCUUUUAUUCUCACUCGGUGGUUCUGCCUUUACAGGACCACAAUAGUCAUUGACAGCCUCACUUUACUUCGACUAAGUUUUUCAGCUUCACACUUGAUCCCCAGAGCAGGUAGACACAUCACGUCAAUGUGGGUUCAGUCUCGUCGUGUCAUGGCAUUUUUAGUACUUGUGUACUUGAGUACAGGAACAACACAAUCACAAAAAAAAAAAUAGAUGCUUAAGAGAAGAAAAAGAAACAAGCAAACGUGAGCCCAAAGAGAAUAUUAUUGCCAUGACCUUUUAAUUAUAAAUGCUUUUCUAUUCACACCAAUAAAUUACCAUUCCCCAUUUCACCAUGUUCUUUUAAUCUCAUUUUCCACAAGGCUAGAUUACAUAUUGCAGUAUGUACACACUGCUAUUGCUUGUGUGCAAACUGUCAAAUGACACACACAUGCUUUAUGUUGUGACCAACCAGCAAACUUUCAGUCAUACCGGGGAGCCCAGAUGUGGCUUGAACAUGCCUGUUCAUGUGUUGUUGUUUUUUUUAGCUCGAAAUGUAUUCAUUUUACUGCACCAGUGACGGAAUUUAAACAUUGAUCACACACAUGUCUUACCAUACCGACAACAGCCUACAACACGCAGUCAGUGCUGCAGUGCAGAAAACGGUUCAGCAGGGGAGAAAAUGUCACAGAAUUAUUGUGAAAGGCAGUGGUAUCACCCUGAACUUGGUGGAAAGCAUUCAACAGAUUACUUGCAUGGCUAGAGAGGGAUUUAAAAGAUUGAGCACUCAGAAGAUGACCCAUAACUUCCUAUGGUGAGAUCCCUACUGUUCCACAUCAAUCCACUCCGAAGAGCCAGCAAACCGUUCAGUUUAAUAUUGCCUUCAUGAGAUCACUGUAAGCACCAUUGUGACUGACAUAACCAGUGGUAACUGCGACACUAGGAUUUAUGUCUUAAUGGGAAUGGACAACUCUUUUUCAUGGGACGAGAAGCAUGAUUGUGGAGAUUUUUUUAAAGAGGGUCUAAGGGAAAAAUAUGAGUUUAAAAUCCAGAUCAGCAUGGGUUUAGUUGUUUUCUUUCUUUUUAGGCAUCAGGACUCUGUUUACUUCGUCACCUUGUGGAUGUGAAUAAUGAAGUGCAGGGUAAACGGCACAGACACUCAGCCAGAGCUCAGUGGCAAUAACAAGGUUGCUUACCCUGCAGAGCUGUAAAUAUGCCAAUUACAUGUCCAGGAAUAAUUUUAGUACAUUAAAUGAUGAGGAUAUUUGUUUGUUCAUCUCUCUGAGUUCAUAUACUUAUGUAUGUGGUCGCGAUAAGCCUCCGCUGUGUGUCAUGGGGUUAAGGUGGUUCAGGAGGAGAGACGGUUCGAACGUCCACAGUUUUACCAUGGAACACCAAAAA